GCACACGAUUCGGUACACACCACUAUUAUGAAUUGAUGUAGCCAAAAUAUCUAAUACUGCUGCUAUUAGACCCCGUAUAAUAUUAUUACUUCGAUCAAACUGAGAAACAUAUCGUUUUUAAUGGACAUAAGCAGAUUGAUUCUCAUAAAAAUCUAAUCAUGGCUGAAGCAUUAAAGACUGUCAUCUCCCAAAGUACAGAGUGUCCAGUGUGCCUUUCUACAUUCACCGAUCCCAAGAUCCUGUCUUGUUCUCACACUUUCUGCAAGACUUGCCUGGACAACCUAUUAGAGUGUCACGGUAACUCCCAGAUCCGAUGCCCUGUCUGCAGAGCUGUCACGCAGGUCCCAAACCAAGAUGUCGGCAAACUACAGGUAAAUAUUGCUUUGAAAAGUCUGAUAGAUGACAUCAAGGGCCAACCUCAGAUUUGCACAAAUUGUCAAUCCAAUGACACGCCCCAUGCUGAUGUCUACUGCCAAGACUGUGGCAGGUAUCUCUGCACAUCUUGUCUUAAUAAGCACUCUCAGUGGGAAGGCUUCAUCGGCCAUGACGUCAUUGCCAUGAGUGAGAUCUCACCAGGCAAGGUGUCUGUACGUAGAUACCGCAAAUGUAGGAAACAUCCGAAAGAAGAUGAGGGUUGCUUCUGUUCCAGCUGCAGGAGAUUCACAUGCUCAAGGUGUGUUGUUAUGGAACAUGAGGGAGAAGGACACAAGGUCAUCGAGGGAGCAGCUUAUGAGGACAAACGCAUGAAGGGUAUCAAAGAACUUAAAUCAAAGGUGAACAAGAAACGAUCAUGUUUUCAGAAGUACAUUGAUUUCAUGGAUGAAGAGAUGAAGAGUGUUGACAAUACUGAAAAACAGUGCACAAGUGACAUCAACGAAGCAUAUGAUGAUGCAGUCCGGCAGUUGUCAGAGAAGAGAGAAAGCCUACUAAGAGAAGUCAAGGAAACGACUGAAGGAGUAGAGACAGAACUGAAAAGUAUGAAGACCACGGCCCAGAAGCACAUCAAUCAGUUGACGAUCAUUACUGACAUGGUAACGAAAAGAACGAAGAUACCGUUAGAUAUGGAUACUCUCGCUGUACACGACACUCUGUGUGAAGAUUUACGAGAGGUGUUAGAUAAAGAUGAUCCUGACUAUGAGCAGCCGAGAAAAUCAAGCAAGAAGGGGAGAAGUGUAUUUAAGAGAAACAUUGGAAAGAAUGAGCUAGGCCUUGGCAAGAUUGUUAAUGUAGUUGGAAAAGAUGAGCUAAGUCUUGGUAAGAUUAUUCAUGUAGUGAAAAAAAUGAUAGUUAGUUUUUGUUUAGUUGGUCUUGGUAUGAUUGUUAACCUAGUCACAAAUGAAAAGAACGUCGUUUUGCCUACUUAUAAUAUUGCUGAUGUAAAGAACGUUUCUUUGCCAGUUAAGAAUCACAUGAAUGCCAUGGUUGGUACACAAGACGGUAGGAUGGCUGUAGGAUAUAGUACAGGUGGCAUCUCCAUCAUCUCCUCUAAUGGUCAGUUUCAGCAAACAGUUCUGAAGGAUGUUCACAUUUUUGGGGUAAGGUUCCUCUCUGAUGGUCGAUGUGUUGUGAUGGAUCACAUCAUCAGAUUAUACACACCAGAGUACACAAAAGUGAAUGUUAUUUUUAAGACUCUGAGUGUAGAUGAAGCUGGGAUUCCUAAUCUCAAUGUUGAUGCUGAUGAUCAGAUCUAUGUGAGCUACAGGAAAGCCAUGAAGAUCUUGGUAUUUUCAACAGCAGGUGGGCAAGCAGUCAGGGAGAUACCAUGCAACGGGUAUGUGCCACAUCAAAUCACUAGUUACCAUGGUUCUCUGAUCACUAAAUCACAUGACACUAUCAGAUUGAUAGACAAACAGGGUUCUGUACAACAUGAAUUAAAGAAACCUGGUAGUCUCCUUCACGCUGCUGUAUCUCAAGGGGGUACAAUCCUGAUAGCCAAGGUGAAGCAUGAUGAAGGUUUGGUGAGCAUUGACGAGUAUACAUAUGAGCUAAGGCAUAUCCGAAACCUUGUUAAUGAUCUCAAGAUUGAGAAGCCUGAGAGAGAUUGGUAUUACCUCCAGCAGUACCGAUCAGGAGAGAUCGCUUUCUGCACCCCGGAUAGACUCUAUAUAUUCUACUGAAAGUAUUGGAUGACAUCAACAUUGAUGCAUGAUAUCGCAAUAUCACAGAAGAUGGGGGGGGGGGGUGAUACUCAUUGAGUUUUCUGCCAGAGUAACCUGCUAUGAUAUAGAAACAGUUGUUUCUCGUUUUCUUACCCUUAAAUAACAUUUAGCUGCUUACAUUUUUUUUUAUUUUCAACUUUGCAUGUAUCAAGCAUCAUGUUUUUUUUAUGUGUAUCCUGUGUGGGGAAAAUUCUCCUACUUGAAUAUCAGACAUAAUGUUAUUAGAUAUUUAAUGAGAAAUCAAAUGAUUCUCGAUCCAUAUAAAUGUGUAUAAUAUUUGACUAUAGUAAUGAUCAUAGUGGUAGUGAUAUAUCAACCAUUCUUAUUAAAAGAGUGUAUAUUAUGCUAUACUGUUUGUGCGCGUAUACUUGUAUUCUUAUAAGUAUACAUGUAUCGUUAUCCUAUGCUAUUAUUCUAUCUAGGCAUGAUUAAAUGAUUAAAUGUGUAAAUAUACAAAUAUUACCUGAGGAAUUGAGGGAUUAUGAUAUGUAGAUAGUAAUGACUAUGGAGGCAGUUGCAUUUUUACCAUUGCUUUAUUAAAGAGUGUGUAAACUGUUUCUGUGCUUGUAUUUUUAUGCAUAGAUUGGAAUAUAUCGUGAUUUUAUGUUAUAAAUAAUAUAGGAUUUGUAUAGCACACGUAUCCACCUUUCUAGGUGCUCAAUUCGCCCCUACAUUGUAUACGUUAUGAAUCUAGACAUGAUUAUAAUGAGUAAAUAUAUAUGCAUAUAUUAUCUUCAUCUGAUACGGAAAUGGUCGGAUCUAAACUCCUCGAUAUUUUUCGAAGUAGGUCAGUUUCAAAAUGCAAUUAUAUGGAAUAACUUGAAUGUGAAACACACAAUGAAAAUAUUGCCGGCAUUUCAGGAAAUAGCGCGAAAAUGCAGAAAAAAAACAGCGUCAAUGGACCUCAAUUUUUAUUUGAGUUUUGCUAUUAUCAAGCAUCAUCUUCAUCAUGUUUAUCCCAUGUGAGGGAAUUUAUAGUUCUUGUAUUUUAGACGUGAUGUUAUAUUAGACAUUUCAUGGAAAAUCGAAUGAUCCUCUGUUCCUAUACAUGUACAUGAUAUUUGACUAGUAAUGACUAUGGUGGCAGUGAGGUUUUUAUCAUUGAUAUUAAAGAGUGUGUUUAACUGUUUGUGCGCGUAUUUUUAUGCACAAAGUGGAAUAUAUGUUAUUACAUGCUAUUAUUCUAUCUAGACAUGAUUAUGAUAUGUAGAUAUAUAUAUAUAUUUCCUUCAUCUGAUACGGAAGUGCAUUGUCUGAUCUACACUCCUCUAUAUUUUUUGAAGUAGUUCAAAAUGAAAAAGCAAUUAUAUGGAAUAACUCGAAUAUGAAACACUAUUAAAAAAAUUAUUGUAUUUCAGAAAAUGU